AUGUCAAAGGUUGCUAAGGUUGAUCAAAGAGUUAAGGAAUAUUUGGAGGAAGCUGGGUAUGAAAAAUGGGCUCGGUGUCACUCUCCUGUUAAACCAGCAGGAAGUUAUCUUCAUUGUGUGUAUGAUUCGGGAUGGAGGUACAUUGUAGAUAUUGAGCGUGGCACGUGCAAUUGUGGCAGAUAUCAAAUUGAUGAAAUACCUUGUCCACAUGGAAUUGCCGUAUUAAAAAGUAAAAAUAUGGAUCUAAAGGAUUAUGGUCCUUAUUGCUCUGAAUUGUAUAAGCCACAAACCAUAGAGAAGGCAUAUGAACUUCCGAUAGUUCCAAUGUCAGACAAGAAGGAUUGGAAUGUUCCAUGUUUUGUUGAUGAUGAAGAAGUUUCGCCGCCCAAAUAUCGAAGAUCUCCUGGCAGGCCAAAAAAAGGAAGGCAUCUGAAAUCAAGUGAAUCAUUGUCUUCAAAUUCAAACCGCUGCAGUAAAUGCGGAAGAACCGAUCACAAUCGUAGGACUUGUGGUUUCUUUCCAAAGGAAUCAUUAUGA